AUGUUAUCUGCUGUCGAAUCGUCGUUAUCAUCGUUUUCAGAUGAAUAUGAUCAAAGUCUAACGGAUUCUAUACAACAACAGUCUAUAAAACAGGAAUGUGGUACAGAAACUUUGACUCCAGUUGUAUCAAGUGAAAUAAUGAAUACUACAGAAGAAGAACAAACGAUUCCAUCGUUAAAUGUAAAUGAUUGUCACAUAUACAAUAUAUUUUCAAAACAUUUUUCAGAUAGUUUAUUUAGUUUUCAUAGACACUGCUUAACGGAAUAUUUAUUUCUUUAUCGUAGAGCAAGUAUUCACUCGUCAAUAUCAACGAAUGGAUCAGAAUCUCAAUUACCUGUACACAAAAUUGAUGAUAUAUUCAAUGGUGAUCAAAUCAAAGUAUUUUUAGAAGAUGGCUCAUUAGAAGAAUAUAGAUUUCAUCAUGAAACGACUGCUAAAGAAAUUGUCUUAAAACUCGCUGCCAAGCUUCAAAUAAAAUGUGUUGAUCGUUAUCGUCUAACAUUAACAGAUAUCCGAGAAUGGUCGGUUAGAGCAAUGCAUUAUAUCAGACCCUGUGAAUUGCUCACAAAAAUAAAAACAUGGAAAGAAGUUUCCCAUAGUAUUUGUGGGUUAAGAUUAGUAUUACUACCAAAAGAUUCAACAGAACUCAUUCACACAGAUUCAAUGACAUUUCGAUAUCUUUAUAGACAAUGUAUCAACGAUUUUUUACGAGAACGAUAUGGUAGUGAUGUCAAAUUAGAUUUGUCUAUUCGUUUAACGUCAUUACUUAUUUUGGAUGAAGCCAUAUGUAAAGGAGGAAGUCAUAAAUUGGCAGUUAAAUUAGCAAAAAAAUCACUUUUACUCAAGCAGUUACUACCACGUUCGAUUAUACAAAAGUUCACGCUGAAAGAGUUAAAAAAACAAAUAUUAGCUCAACUAUGGACAUAUCAUACAACACUACUAAAACGACCAUCACAGUUAGAAGUAGCUACAGAAUAUUUAAGAUUAUUUUCACAAAUUAGAACAUACGGAGGAAAAUUAUUUCCUGUUAAAUUUCCCGUAAAUGAAAAACACCAAGAUAUCAUUCUACUGGUUGGACCCUAUUGUGGUGUUGCGGCAUUAGGGAAUUUAAGAAGUAAUACGAUAAUGUCGUUGAUUGACUUUGAACAUUUGACCAGUUUACAAAUAAAAUAUUGGAAAAACGGAUUAUGUAUUCGUUUAUUAGCGUCAAGUAAAUGUUUACAUCAGGAUGUUUCAUUUUUAAUCCAUGAAAAUUUUUUAAAUGAUUUUAUCGUUUUAACAGAAGGCUAUUAUUCAAUCGUUAAUUAUGGCCAACAAUUACAUAUUGAAAAAAUUUUUCCAACAGUAGUCAAUCAGAAUACUCAGAAUAUUCCAACAUCGCUUCCAACAACAAACGAACAACAAUAUGAAAGUUCUAUACCUUGUUCAAAUAUUUUUCUUGCCAAUAAAAAUCAUCGUGUUAGCUCAAAAUCGUUUGGUUUUAAUCGUGAUCAACAAACCGGCGCAGAAUUAACCGUUUAUUCAAAUAUAGUUAACGAUAUUGACAAUGAUACUCUACAAAGUAAUAGUCGUCUUCGUUUUUCAAAGAAAAAAUCCACAAAUUCAUCGGAUAGUGGUGAUCAAAGAAGUAUCGUUCGACGACUAUUAUUACCACAUAAAAAAUAUUCAUUUCGAAAAUUAAAAUUAUAUAAAAGACGUUCAUCAAGUGGCGAUUUAGUUCGAUUUAAUAAAUCGAAAGAUGUCCUAGCAAUUAACAAAGUCAACAGUUUACCAUUAGAUACGAAUUCUACUGGAACUUGUCUAUUAAGUCAUUUAAAAUCCGUUAGUGAAUCAGCAUUGAAUAUAGCAGCAAAAGAAAAAAGAACGGAGCAAUAUAGUCCUCAAUUGUCAACAUGUAGUAAACUAUCUAAAAUUACCAGUCCAUCUUUAUUAUCAUUUACAAAACGUUUACCCUUAUUUUCAUCAAAAGUUCUAUGUCUACCUUCACCAAGUUCGUUUAUUCAGCAAUCAGAUAAUGAAACAAUCUCAAAUAUUCCAAAUCGAACGGAAAUGUCUCCGCGUACCGGUCAAAUAUUUGAACGUUUACCAUCACUACCUGAAACUAAAGUACAAGAAGAUUCUACAUAUCAACUAUCAUCAAUUCAAGCAUGUUUUCAAGAAUUUGAAAGAGAAAAAACACACUCACCAAUGAAAAGUAUUCUACGAAAUACUGCUGGUACGAGUACCACUACAACAUGGGAAAAAAUUGGUAAUUUAUCGGAUGAUGAACGAACAAUAAAUGCACGAAAAAGAAUAGAUCGACUACUUUCUACUGAACCAUCGUUAUUAACUAUUGGAGUAACAAAUCAAUAUGAUCAUUUAAACACUCAUGUUUCCUAUUUUCAAUGUAAAGAAACAAAUGAUAAAGAAGAAAAAGAUUUGUCACAUGUUCAAGAACAACAAUCAACUAUAACAAAUUUAUUAACAACAGCUAUAGGCAAACAGAUUCCUAAACGUCAAACACAUAUUAUUUCGCAACAGCAACAGCCAAUUGUUUUAUAUCGGACAAUUGUCAAUAUUGUCGAUCCAAAUGAACAACAGGAGAAUAUCUAUGACCCAAUUCAAACUCAAUUAAACAAAUAUUUUAUACAAAAUAAAGGUAAAAAUAAUUAUACAUCUCAAAUGGAACAAAAUUUAUCUCUGGCAAAUGAUGAAGAGGAUGAUGAUCAACCAGAUGUUAUUGAUUUAACAACAUCAUGUGCUUAUUGGGGUACAUUACAAUUUCCUGUUCGACCACCCGAUGCAUUUGCCGAUAAUGAAUCAAUGACAACAAAUACAGUUCUUAAAACAACAAAUAUUUCACGACAAUUGGAAGAAGAUGAAAGUGGAUUUGUUAGUGGUUCAAGUGGAUCAGAGAAAAAUGAUCGUAGCAAAGAUGCAAUUCGUUCAUCAUUUUUGAAAACAAAAUUUCAUACUCAUCAUACAAUUCGUCAUCCAUCAAAAAAGUUAACUGUUGAACCGAUUACUAUUUGUUAUCCACCUCAUCCUACUUCAAAUUUAAAUCGAUUACGAAAGAAUAAUCUUCCAUUAAAACAAACUUUAUCAACACCAUUACAUAUCUCAUCAGGUUUAGAAUUAGAAUUACUACCAUCUUCACCGCCACCACCACUACUAUCAUCACAACUACCAUCACCAUCUCAAUCACUUGUUGUUCAACGUUCAAAAUCAUUGGAUAAAUUACAAUAUGAAAUUACAACAGGUAACCUGAAUACAAACAAUAAUAAUCGUACAACUAUUGGCUCUGAUGAUGAAUAUGAUGAAAAUAUAUAUUCCUCACGAGUAAUUCAAUCGGGUACAUUUAGUCGAACAUUAGAUCGAAUUCUUAAACGACAAUCACGUUUAGAUAAAUAUCAACAACAACAUCCACGAUCAACAAGAGAAAAAUUACUUAGUUUAUUUCAUUCAAAUAAAACAAAAAUAAAAUCAUCAUCAAAAUUAGUUGAAAUUGACAAUAAUCUACGUGAACAAAAUAUAAUAAUAAAUAAAGUAGAUUUAGAUUUAUUAGAAAAAUCUACAACUACAAAUGAUAAGUAUCAAAUUUCGAAUCAUGAUUAUAAAAAAGAUCCAAUAGAAUCAAAAUUACAAUUUGGAAAACAAAAUAGUUUAUCAUCAACUGAUAUUGAAUCUCUUGAAAUAAAAAGUAAAGCAUCAGAAUCAGUGAAAUCGACUCUAGGCGUUGUUCUUGGCCGUGUUCAAAAUGAAAGUCAUGGAAAACAAACAAAAUCUUUAACAAAAUUAAAUCAUAAUGAUGUUCCUGCUGUUAUUCGUCGUAAUUCAUUAAUGGUAAAUUCAUCCUCUAAUUAUAUUAAUAAUAUUCCACCACCCGACUACGAUUUAACACCAAAAAUGAAAACUAAAAAAAAAUAUACUCGUUCAAAAACAGCUGAUAUUCUUAUAUCGUAUGAAUCAUCAAUAAAAAAUGUUCAACUUUUAUCACAAACAAAUUCAGAAGAUACACAACCUUCAAUUCAACGAAAAAAUGGUAUUACAUGGGUAACACUAAAACGAAAUUCUUCACCUAUUAAAUCAACAUUAAAUUUAACAGAAAAUGUUUAUGAAACACCGAUUGAACGACAGUCUUCAUCAUCAUCGGAUUCAUUUGUAGAAAAUAAACAAUCAAAAAAGAAGAAGAAAAAUUCAACAAUUGAUCGACUAUCAUCACUAUCAACGCUCAAUUCUUCAACAUCUUCCUUAUCAUCGAUUGAUGAUACGUCAAAAAAAAUAAAUUCUACAUCAAUUAAUGAACAAGAAAAUAUUUUAAAUGGUACAAAUUCAGAAAAGAUAAUAGAUACGUCAACGAUGGUAACCAAUCGUCGUCGAUCACCCCUAAAUGAUUUACGAAAUAUUAUACGGCGUAUGAGAUUUAAAAAUCAUAAAACUAAUAAAGAUUUUGGAACAAUUAAUGUUAGUGGAGAGACGAAAACAUCUAUUAAAAAUCAUUUACAAAAACAACGAAUAAAACAUCCUCAAAUACAAAUUGUAGAUGUUGAACAAAAAUUUAAAUCUGAACCAUUAAAAGCAAUUCAUGAUGAUUUACCAAUCUCUACUGUCAUACCUAGUCCUCCUAUUGAAAAUGAUUCAAUAAUGGAUAUUGAAUUAGAACUUGAUAAAAUUGUUUUACAAGAGAAAAAUGAUGUUCAGAAUGAUAGCAGAUAUAAUUUUGGUACAAAUACAAAUGAUGAAGAUGUUUUUCUUAAUGAAUCUUGGACAUCUCAGUAUACAACAGUAGAUGAUAGGAGGCAAGAAUAUCAAAGAAAAGGUGGUCUACGUAAACAUGGUGCACUAUCGCCACGUCGUCGUCAACAAUUACGUGUUCAUUGGCAUGAUGGAAUAAUUGAUCCUACAGCAACAGAACUCGAACAAAUACUCAAUUAUAGUCUUGAUUUAUGUCUAGAUCCAUUUGAAUCAUCAAAUGAAAUUUUAAUCUAUUUACAAUAUGAACUUCAAUUAAAACUUGAUUAUUUCUAUUCUCAUUCAAAUUCUCCAACUGUAUCACAGGAUAAUGAAAAUUUAGAUGAAACUAAAAAAUUAAUAGAAUCUCAAUGUCGUCAAUUUGUUUCACAAUCAAAAUUAUUUGUUAAUGGAGCAACAGAAUCUAUUGAUGAUGCUAAAAAACAUUUGGCUACAUGUACAACAAUAUUAAUUGAUUUAUAUCGUCUAUUAAAUAAAUAUACAAGUGUAGCAAAUGAUAACGAAGAAUCAAUUGAACUAUUGAAGUGUACAAUUCAUUUUAUUCAAGUAUUUAAGAGCUGUGUUCAUUUAGCUAAAUUAGCAGCGGGUAAACCAUUCUAUGAUCAAAAUAUGAGAAUGUUAAUGAGACAAACAUCGGCAUUAGCUCAAGCAUUAAAUGACCUAUUAAAACGAUUGAAUAAUUAUAAAAAAUAUUAG